AUGCUCUCACCACCGCAAAACAUCGAUUUCACCUCCCCGUACCACGCUUUGGGCGGCGUCGCUCUUGUUUUUGCUUUGUUGACAGGCUGGAAGCUUAUCAGACGCCUCGUCAUUCGCCAGAGCCUCGAUAACUUGCCUGGACCUACACCGGAGUCGUUCGUCACAGGCUCUCUAGGACAGCUAGCGAAUAAGUACGCUUGGGACUUCCACCAGCAUGUCUUCGACAACUAUGGUGGUGUCGUCAAAGUCAAGGGACUGUUCGGAGCGAAUGCCAUCUACGUCCAUGAUCCAAAGGCCCUGACGCAUAUUUUGCUGAAGGACCAGGCUAUAUAUGAAGAAACAGAAACGUUCAUUCAUUCAGGCGAGAGACAUCGUCUCCAGAGAAAGCUGCUCAAUCCUGUGUUCUCCAUUGCGCACAUGCGGCAGAUGGUACCGAUCUUCUACGAAGUUAGCCAUCGCGUGCACGACACCUUCGUCACAAUUGCAAAGCGACCUGGUGGCCAGGAGAUCGACAUCAUCGACUGGAUGACCCGCCUUGCUCUGGAGCUCAUCGGGCAAAGUGGCCUCGGUUACUCAUUCGAGGCCCUCGGCGAGGACUCGGAACCCCACCAAUACUGUGUGGCUGGCAAGAUGCUCGUACCUCUAGCCUCAGAAACCACACCGCUGCGUGGGCUCUUCAUGCCGUUAGUCGGGAAAUUCGCGAGCUGGCCCCGCUUGGGGCGGUUCCUCGUCGACCUGAUUCCGUCGAAAGGGAUAAACGACAUCAAGUUCAUCGUGGAUACGUUGCAUAAGACGUCGGUCGAGAUCAUCGAGGGGAAGAAGAAGUUGAUCCUUGCUGGAGAUGAGGCAAUGAAGGACCAAAUUGGACAAGGAAAGGAUGUGAUUAGUAUCCUGAUGAAGGCCAACAUGUUUGCGCCAAAGGAGGAACAAUUGUCGGAGAGGGAGCUCCUCGGGCAGGUUACAUCCCUUACGUUCGCUGCAACUGACACGACCUCGGGUGCUCUCACUCGGACACUCCACAUCCUAGCCUUACACAAAGACGCGCAAGACAGACUUCGUCAGGAGCUCAGGGAGGCACGCAAGGAACACGGUGGCCAAGACCUUCCAUACGAUACGCUGGUCAGCCUUCCUUACCUUGACGCUAUUUGCCGAGAAACUCUGAGAUUGUAUCCUCCAGUAGCCGUCAUGCACAGAGCCGCCCGCGCCAACGCCAUCCUCCCACUGUCGACUCCCAUCAAGGGCAUCGACGGUACCGAUAUCACGUCCUUGGAAGUACCCAACGGCACAGACAUCUUCAUAUCUAUCCUCGGUUCGAACAGGAAUCCAGACUUCUGGGGCCCGGACGUUCUGGAGUGGAAGCCUGAGAGAUGGCUGAAUCCUCUCCCGGAGUCGUUGGUCAACUCUCGCAUUCCCGGUAUCUACUCGCAUCUGAUGACGUUCCUUGGAGGUGGCCGGUCGUGCAUCGGUUUCAAGUUCUCUCAGCUCGAAAUGAAGGCGGUCCUUGCGCUUCUCGUGGAAGACCUCGAGUUCUCGCUACCGGACGGUAAAGAGAUAUUCUGGCAAAUGAACGCCGUAGCCUCCCCUGCCACUGAACGCGACGCCGUUCGGCCACAUAUGCCGCUGAAGGUUCGUUAUCUGGGAACGGAAUGA